GCCGCCUGCCCCGCAUGGCGAACCGGAGCCCCGGGGAGCCCGAGGCGGCCCGCGGGAGGAGGAAGGGCUGGAGGGGCCGCGGGGAAGCGAACGCGCCGAAAGGCACCGACGCGGCGGCGGCCGCGGGUCCCCCCCGCAGCCCCCGGGAGUUCUCCUCCAACUGGAAGGCGCUGCAGGAGCUACUGAGGCAAAAGGCAAAUAGCUCCAACGAGUUCCUCACUACAUGGCAGACAUACACCAAAAAGACACAACCACUCAAAGCAGGAAACAGCCAAGAAGUCCUGGUUACCAAUGGGAACGGGAAUGUGGUAAAGGUCAGAUCUACAAAUAAAAUGGACAGUGGUUCUGGUAAAUACAGUUCUCCUUUGGCUAAGGCAAAAUCCAAGGGGGUUGCAAUGGUUAAGAAUAUGAAUGGAACCAGAAGCAAUCAAAAAGACUCCAAAGAUAAAACAAAACAUGGUGAUGUUUUAAAGGAGAAAGAUGAUAUAAAACAUAAGAGGAGGAAAGCUGAAGAACAUGUGGAGCAGCAACUCAAAGAGGCUGAAAUCUGGUUUGAUGACGUCGAUCCAAAAGAUAUCGAAGCAGCAAUAGGAUGUGAAGCAGCAAAAAUUGCACGAAGAAAUCUGGGACUUGAAACAGGUCAAUCCAGUCAGUCCGUGAAGCAGGUGCUGGUUAAGGAAGAUGCUUUUGAAGGGCUGACGCAAGCUGUGGCCAUGGACUGUGAGAUGGUGGGAGCAGGACCCAAGGGAGAGGACAGUAUCGUGGCUCGCGUGUCCAUCGUCAACCAGUUUGGAAAGUGUGUUUAUGACAAGUAUGUCAAGCCUACGGAAAAGGUGACCGAUUACAGAACUGCUGUCAGUGGCAUCCGCCCAGAGAAUAUAAAUACAGGUGAAGAUUUUAAAACAGUUCAGAAGGAAGUUGCUGACAUCUUGAACGGAAGGAUUUUAGUUGGCCACGCUUUGCGGAAUGAUCUAAAAGUCCUGUUUCUUGAUCAUCCUCAGAAGAAGAUACGUGACACGCAAAGAUACAAACCUUUCAGACAGAGAGUCGGAAUCAAGAAUGGGAGGCCAUCACUGAAGCUGCUCUGUGAGAAACUGCUAAAUGUUCAAGUGCAGACAUCAGAGCACUGCUCGGUUCAGGAUGCACAAGCAGCAAUGAGACUGUACACCUUAGAGAAAAAGAAAUGGGAAGCUGCUGUUAAGAACAAGUCUAACAACAAAAACUGUAAAACUUGAAUGAUUCUACCCCUGUGUUUUUAUCUACAGCAUUUGCUGUUUUCGUGUUACUUUCCUGGGCAAAUUUAGAAAUAACUUGGAACUGACAGCAGCAACUUCAAAAAAAAAUAAUCAAGAGACAGUACUUCCUGACCUGGUAUGUUAACGCUGCCACCCGAGACUACUGCUGGCACUCCCUUUCUGAUGCCUAACACUGUGUUUCAACAAUAGCUGUAACCAAUACCUGCAUUUGUGAAGUACUUCAUGAGUUAAAUUUCUGAAUAAGUUGAAGUAUUUUAAAUUACAACAGAUGAAAGAAGAAACUGUCAUUGCUUUGCUGAAAUUCCCAAGAUGAAAGUCUUUAUUUAAAAUACCUCAGAGUCGACAAAGUAGGGUGAAUUCUUAAUUAUUGCUGCUAGUCUCAUAGCUGUGGUACCUAAAAUCAACAAGAUCUAUAAUUGUUUAUGUAUUUUUAAUAGCUUUUUAUUAAUCCUUCUGGUGAGAAAAAUCUCUAAAAAUCUCUGUGGAGCUUUUGUCUCACUGAAGAAGUACAAGUCUUGUUCUUAUGCAAAAAUUUCUUUCACUUCUGCAGUCUCAAAAGUGUUGCAUCCGCAAGGGUUAUUAUCUCCUGGAGAGGAAUGAGAGUUGUCUAAGAUUACCUUGUUGCUUCCCUUAUUUUUAUACUCAUUAAUAAAAACAGUGUCUAACA